AUGGUUUUACAAAAAGUGCCCUCUUUAGGGCAGCAUGUUCAUGACAGGGAGAACGGUCUUACAAUGUACAAUUCUAUACUCCAGGAAUCUGACGAGUAUCUCAAAUGUGGUGUAUGCUGGGAGGUUCCAACCCAAACCAUUACUCUGAAAUGUGCUCACACAUUUUGUAAGUUGUGUCUUAAGAACGGAUUGAAUUCAAAUGAGAAAAUCGACUGCAAUAUUAUUUGUCCGGUCUGUUUGGUCAACGGCACCAUAACACACUGCCAGGAGGCAGUUGUAGGCGAAAAUGGAAAUGACCGAAAAUGUGACCUCUGUGAGGAGAGGCGACCCGCUGAGGCCAGAUGCAAGGAAUGUCGGGAAAUGCUGUGUAACUUCUGUCACCAGUCUCACAGACGAAGCAAAGCAUCAAAACAUCACAGCAUCACAAUGCUGGGGAAUGUCUACACCGAGGCAGAAGACUUAUCUGGCAGCUGUUGCUCCGUCCAUGAUGAAGACCUCGCCUACUUCUGCCGACCUUGUGACACGGCUGUUUGUAAAAUAUGCCGCACAAAGGAACAUAAAGGACAUAGGACAAGGCCAGUAAAGGUCAUUGUAGGAGACAGGAGAAGACAAAUGGAGGAGAAAGUGGAUUCGGUUUUAAUGGGAUACGUCGGUGUGCUGGAGAAAAAACUAGAGAAGAUUCCGAAGCAGAUUGCUGCGAUUAAAACAAACGCAGAGAGCGUAGUCAUUGACAUAAUUCAACGUUCUGAAAGUAUCAAAGACCAAAUCGACGCCAUUAAGGCAGAGAUGAUCAAAGAUGUUCAUUCUAAAGAAUAUCUGGGUCUGACCAGAUUGGAGCAAUUCAGGACAGAUUUAGAAAAGGAGUUAUUGGCUGUCGGUGAGAGUAUCAAGAGGACACAAAGAGUAUUAAAACAGGGAACAGAUGUUGAAGUAGUGUCUAUAAGUAAACGAUCACUCGAGUUAUUUGAUCGACUAGAAUCAGGACAGUCAUUGCCAAAGUUACAAAAAUUAGAUGUCGAGUUCGAGACAGGAGAACUUGCAAUAGACACGUUAAGGAACGGUUUUGGGCACUGUUCUACACGAAAUUCUGGGUUUACCUGGUCUCGGUCUGUUUCUAUGUGUCAUGGAGAUCCACAAGAUGUUAACAUCAAUUUUGUAUCAGAGUUCCAUUGUUCCGAAGUGGCAGAUGAGGAUAAUGACGAUGAUUUCGUGAAUGAAUCCAUACAUGCAAUGGCGCCUGUGUCACAGGGUGAAACAGCAAUUUGUUGUGGCUGUGAAUCAGAUAGAGUUGUGUUUAUGGACGGAGCCGGCCAUGUUAUCAGUAGUUUGCGAGUGGGUGUCAUGAUUGAUGAUCUGGUCAGAAGGAAUGACCGUUCUGUCGUAAUGUCGUGCUUCCAGGAUCGGUCAAUUAGGGCAAUUGAGGAAAAUGGAAAUGUACGAGAGCUCGUGUCAACUGAGUUCUAUCCACGAGGCUUGGCGUCAGGAUCUGACGGAAGUCUGCUGGUUUGUCUCAUGGACCAAUAUUCUACUUCAGUUACUAAAACAAGUAGGCGCAUGGUUUCUAGACUAGACAGUCAAGGUCAACAAGUGCAGGUGUAUGAAUACAUGGACGGAAACAAACGACUUUUCACGAGACCUUACCGUGUUGUGGAGAACAUCAAUGGAGACAUUUGUGUGACAGACAAGACCUCUAUGGGAUCAGGGCGAGUCGUGGUGUUAGACAGUCUUGGAAAUCUUAAAUUUAUCUACGACGGAAGAUCGGUAUCGGCUGGGGAAAGGCCAUUUUCCCCCUGUGGUAUUGUGUGUGACAGCUACGGCAGGCUUUUAAUAGCUGAUACCAAUAAUCACUGUAUACACAUCGUGGACAAACAUGGUCAGUUCGUCAGCUUUCUGCUGCGGAAGGAAGACGGUAUAACAUGUCCCACAUCUUUAGGACUUAAUGGCGAGGGACAAUUGUGGGUAGGAAACGAAAACGGACAAAUGAAAAUAUAUCAAUAUCUGUAA